AUGGCAUGCCGGGAGGUCUUGGCUCGACAUGAGGCCGUGCUUCUACUCCAGGCAGCAAGGCAACUGCUCGAGGACGAGGACUACCGGUUUGGGGAGCUGCAGGAGAAUUUGGCAGGCACCGACGAUCUUUGUGGCGGGGUCCUGGCUGGCUGGCGGCCACCCUGGCUGGAGCAGGGUGUCAAGGGCAUGGACUUCAAUGAGAACAUGCUGCACGACUCGGCCACCCCGGUUCAGCACUGGGCCGCAGCACUGGGUGAGAUCAUCCACGAGCUCUGGCAGUGUGCCAGGGAGGCUGGCAUCGUCCUCGAAGCUGCUGACCGCCAGCCAUGCUUUGCUGUCGUCCUUCCAAGCACUGCUGCACGGGAUGUGAUCGAAAAGCUGGUGAGGCUUGGCGGGGGCGACGUGCUGGAGACGCAAGGCCCGCCGUCGAGAUCGGCGGUGCCCUUCUGCAGGCUCAUCCACUUGGCUGGGGCAUCCAAGAGAUUUGCAAGCGAUUCUGUCGACGGAAGCCCGAAAUCUCCGAACAUCGAAGAUGCCAGGGAGCGAACGUCGCAAGAGCUGGACAGUGCUGCUCCGGCUGCUUCCGACGAAUUGCUGAGGAAGCAAGCUCUGAUGGCAGUGCUUGGUGCAACUCCCGCCGUUGCGGUGUUUGCGCAUGAGAAAGGAAAGCCAGAAGCCCAGCCGGAGCCAGAGCGGUCAGAUGAGCCGGAGGCUGUCACGGAGGAGCCGAUCCGACCGAUCCCGGCAUGUGCCGGGGAGUUUCAGGCGGCCUUGCCGUCUGUGGCUUCGGGAGGGAGCCUCCCUUCGGAGAUCCGCUUCCUGCAUCUCAGCGUGCUCCAGGAGGUUACAGAUUCGCACGGCGAAGCGCCCGCCUUGAUCCUGGCAGUUAUGAAGUUGCUGGGCCAGGACGAGAUCUGGCAGAGAUUUACUGCCCUGGACGCCUUCUGUGAUGGUCUGCUGUCGCAGUGGGAGCCACCUUGGGUCUCAGAAGAUUUGGAGGGCGAAGACCGCCCGUCUGCGCGGCAGAUGAGCUUGGAGCGACUUGAAAGGGAGGAGGAGUCCACGGUCCAGGGCUGGGCCAUGGCCUUGGAUGGCUUCCUGUCCUUCCUGGCAAACCUGGCCGUGGCAGCGCGGGUCCAGCACGCUUUCGAGACUGAGGUAUGCACUCCGCACACGGUGGCAGCAGGCCAAGGGCGCGAAGGCGCUGAUGCUGCGCCUUCAGGCCCAUCUCUGGUCUCAGUCGUGGUGCCCGUCGUGGUCGUUCCGGAAGUUUUGACCGACUGGCAUUUGGAAGUCUUUGGACCCCUGUUGCGGGCUUUCAAGAUCUUCAUGCUCUCCGAGAAGGCUUGGCGAGCAGAUUUUCGCGGAGCCAGCAGCGUGCCCUUCUCCGUGGAGGCGAGCUCCCGCAUUGUCUGA